AUGAACUUUGUGUUGACUCUAUCCUUAAGCGACAACCCACCGGGAAAAACCUAUCUCAUGGAAGAAGAAGCUCAAGAAGACUGCCACACGGUUGAUCAUUUCGCAGUAGAUGACCUCUCGGUAGAUUUCUCUAAUGAUGAUGACGAGGAAAACGAUGUCAUUGCUGAUUCCGAUGGUGCUAACGCAGCCACCGCCGUUCCUGAUAACUCCAAUUCCUCGUCCUUCUCCACCGCUGGUCUCCCCAUAUUUCAUGGUGACGUUCACGACGGCACCAGCUUUUCCAGCGACUUUUGCGUACCGGAGCAAACGCUCACGCGCCGACACAUGCAAUUGGGCCUCAAGUGGGCUUCUCAUGGAAGCAGUUUACGACAACCCGUUCACCGGAGAAACCGUUCUCUCCAACCACCACCUUUCUCCGCCGAUCUCGCCGACGUCCAUCGCUCAUCUCGCGAGAAAGCAAACAAUCGACGGACUCCGGCGGAAGAAGGGUACAUCUCCGGUAUCCGGCAGCGGAGAGGAACGGCGGUGUCUCCACUGCGCCAUAGACAAGACGCCGCAGUGGCGGACUGGCCCAAUGGGCCCGAAGACAUUUGUGCAAUGCUUGUGGCGUCAGGUAUAAGUCGGGACGUUUGGUGCCGGAGUACCGGCCGGUGGCGAGUCCCCGACAUUCGUGCUGGCGAAACAUUCGAAUGCUCAGUAGAAAGUGAUGGAGCUCCGGCGGAAGAAGGAGAUGACUAAGGUCCGCUAUGAGUUCAUACAUCACCAUAAUGGUACGGAGGACACUGCCAUGAUUUUUAACAUUUCAUCGGACGGUGAUAAUUACUUGAUCCACACAACGUAGGCCCAGAUUUC